UGAAGAUAGCUCCCUCUUGCUUGCAUUGCAACAAAAGGACGCAAUUUUGUAUUAAUACUGAAUUUUUCUUAGUUUGUGGAAAGGAGUGAAGUUGGCUAUAUUAUCUCCUUCUCUUCAGUCUUCCAUGGAAUGACAUAGCCAAAAAGCUUCGAUAAAAAGGCCGAAGCUUUUUUUGGUUCCCAACAACCCCAUUUCUUUUCUCUCUUUCGGCGGAAACCAUGGACCGGGCGCGGCGGUUGGCCAACCGGGCGACGCUGAGGCAUCUGGUUUCAGCGUCGAGACGCCACCGUCAAAUCGAUCAGCCAUUGUUGAAUUCCUCCCCUGUUUCCUUCACGCCUUCCAGGUACGUCUCUUCGCUGUCUCCUUAUUCCUUCGCCAAAUCCAGAGGGGGGAUUUCAGAUUCAUUUCUCCCCCGAAAUGGAAUCGGAAUCGGGUCCCAGAGCCGUUCGAUUUCCGUUGAGGCAUUGAAACCCAGCGAUACGUUCCCUCGUCGCCAUAACUCUGCAACCCCUGAAGAACAGAGUAAAAUGGCGGAGUCUUGUGGGUUUGAUUCCCUCGAUUCCCUUGUCGAUGCCACUGUCCCCAAAUCGAUUAGGCUCCAAUCCAUGAAAUUCUCCAAGUUCGAUGAGGGUUUAACGGAGAGCCAAAUGAUUGAACAUAUGCAGAAUUUGGCUUCUAAGAACAAGAUUUUCAAGUCUUAUAUAGGGAUGGGGUAUUAUAAUACUUUUGUUCCGCCUGUUAUUUUGAGGAACAUAAUGGAGAAUCCUGCUUGGUAUACUCAGUAUACGCCGUAUCAGGCUGAGAUUUCUCAGGGUCGUCUUGAAUCUCUGCUUAAUUAUCAAACCUUAAUCACAGAUCUCACUGGUCUCCCCAUGUCCAAUGCCUCAUUGCUUGAUGAAGGGACUGCGGCUGCUGAGGCCAUGGCAAUGUGUAACAACAUCCUCAAGGGGAAGAAGAAAACGUUUAUAAUUUCAAAUAACUGCCACCCGCAAACGAUUGAUAUUUGUGUCACUCGAGCGGCGGGGUUCGAUCUUAAAGUGGUGACUGCUGAUCUUAAGGAUAUCGAUUACAAGUCGGGCGAUGUUUGUGGUGUUCUUGUUCAGUAUCCUGGCACUGAGGGGGAGGUGUUGGACUAUGGGGAGUUCGUUAAGAAUGCUCAUGCUAAUGGGGUUAAGGUUGUGAUGGCUUCCGAUCUUCUGGCGUUGACGCUGUUGAAGUCACCAGGUGAAUUGGGGGCCGAUAUCGUUGUUGGUUCUGCACAAAGGUUUGGUGUUCCAAUGGGGUAUGGAGGUCCUCAUGCUGCUUUUUUGGCCACCUCUCAAGAAUAUAAGAGGAUGAUGCCAGGGAGAAUUAUUGGUGUCAGUGUCGAUUCGUCGGGCAAGCCUGCGCUUCGUAUGGCGAUGCAGACGAGGGAGCAGCAUAUCAGGAGGGACAAGGCUACCAGCAACAUUUGUACUGCUCAGGCGUUACUGGCGAACAUGGCUGCGAUGUACGCCGUAUAUCACGGACCAAAAGGCCUCAAAGCCAUUGCAGAGAGAGUUCAUGGUCUUGCUGGUGCAUUUGCUGUCGGACUGAAGAAAUUGGGCGCAGCAGAAGUUCAAGCUCUUCCCUUCUUUGACACUGUGAAGGUUAAGGUUGCUGAUGCAAAUGCAAUUGCAGAUGCUGCUAACAAGAGUGGGAUUAAUCUGCGAAUCAUCAACAAAAACACGAUCACUGUUGCUUUCGAUGAAACGACAACUUUGGAGGAUGUUGAUAACCUGUUUUCAGUUUUUUCUGGUGGAAAGGCAGUUCCAUUUACCGCUGCAUCUCUUGCGCCCGAGGUCGAGAACGCUAUCCCUUCAGGGCUAGUACGGGAGAGCCCGUACCUUAGCCACCCGAUCUUUAACUCGUACCACACAGAGCAUGAACUGCUGAGGUACAUCCAUAAGUUGCAGUCAAAGGACCUUUCGCUAUGCCACAGUAUGAUCCCGCUCGGGUCGUGCACGAUGAAGCUGAAUGCCACGGCGGAAAUGAUGCCCGUGACGUGGCCCGGUUUCACCGACCUUCACCCUUUUGCCCCCAUUGAACAGUCUCAGGGCUAUCAGGAGAUGUUCAGUGAUUUGGGUGACCUGUUAUGCUCGAUAACUGGGUUUGAUUCAUUCUCGUUGCAACCAAAUGCUGGUGCCGCUGGAGAGUAUGCUGGCCUCAUGGUCAUUCGUGCUUACCAUAAGGCAAGAGGAGACCACCACCGGAAUGUGUGUAUCAUUCCGCUAUCGGCCCACGGGACGAACCCAGCAAGUGCAGCAAUGUGCGGAAUGAAGAUCGUGUCAGUGGGGACAGAUUCAAAGGGGAACAUAAACAUUGCAGAGCUGAAGAAGGCUGCAGAAGCCAACAAGGAGAACCUCUCAGCUCUGAUGGUUACGUAUCCUUCGACGCAUGGAGUUUACGAAGAAGGGAUCGACGAGAUCUGCAAGAUCAUUCACGACAAUGGUGGCCAAGUCUACAUGGAUGGUGCCAACAUGAAUGCCCAGGUGGGUUUAACAAGCCCAGGUUGGAUUGGAGCUGAUGUUUGCCAUCUCAAUCUCCACAAAACAUUUUGCAUUCCCCAUGGAGGAGGUGGCCCUGGCAUGGGUCCUAUUGGUGUCAAGAAGCACUUGGCUCCAUUUUUGCCUUCACAUCCUGUGAUUCCUACUGGAGGCAUACCUGCUCCUGACAACGCACAGCCUCUUGGAACUAUAGCUGCUGCCCCAUGGGGCUCUGCCCUUAUUCUCCCAAUAUCUUACACUUACAUAGCCAUGAUGGGGUCCAAGGGUCUGACCGAUGCGUCUAAGAUCGCUAUUCUGAAUGCAAACUACAUGGCCAAACGUUUAGAGAACUAUUACCCUGUUCUUUUCCGUGGUGUCAAUGGAACGGUUGCCCAUGAAUUCAUCAUCGACUUGAGAGGCUUCAAGCAAACUGCUGGAAUAGAGCCUGAAGAUGUUGCUAAACGUCUAAUGGACUACGGUUUCCAUGCACCCACCAUGUCAUGGCCAGUACCAGGCACACUCAUGAUCGAACCCACAGAAAGUGAAAGCAAGGCCGAGUUGGAUAGAUUCUGUGAUGCUCUUAUUUCGAUCAGAGAAGAAAUCGCCCAGAUCGAGAAAGGAAAAGCUGAUAUCAACAACAAUGUCCUAAAGUGUGCUCCUCAUCCACCAUCUCUGCUAAUGGGAGAUGCAUGGACAAAGCCGUACUCUAGGGAAUAUGCAGCUUUUCCAGCUUCCUGGCUCAGGGCUUCCAAGUUCUGGCCAACCACAGGACGUGUUGACAAUGUGUAUGGUGAUCGCAACCUGAUAUGCACCCUACAGCCAGCGAAUCAGGUUGUCGAAGAAGCAGCAGCAGCCACUGCUUAGUUUCCUGCUCAACACUUCUUCCUGCAAGACUCUCAAUGAUAUUAUAUCUUCUCUCUACUCCUGAUCCUGUGUACAUACGUUGCCAAUAUUCAUAUUUGUCAUUUUCACUUUCCUGAYAUGUUAAAAAUUACAAGUUGCUGCAAUACAACAUUGUUGCUGAUUGCAACCACAACUUAUUGUAGUAAUUGUCACCCUUGCACCCUUC